AUGUGCGUCAUCUGCUUCGUGAAGGCCCUGGUGCACGUGUUCAAGAUCUACCUGACCGCCAACUACACCUACAACUUCCGCAGCUGGCCCGUGGACUUCCGCUGGGAUGACGUGCGCGCGGCCAGCGGGGGCGGCAGUGGCCACCGCGCGCUCACGUGCGCGGCGGCGGCGGCGGGCGUGUGGCUGCUGCGUGACGCGGCGCUGGGAGGGGACGCGCCGGGACGGCCGCCGCGUGGGGCGCGCAGCCAGGCGCAGUGCCUGCUGCAGCAGAUCCGCGAGCUGCCGGGCCAGCUGGCCAGCUACGCGCUGGCGCACUCGCUGGGCCGCUGGCUCGUGUACCCUGGCUCCAUGUCCCUGAUGACGCGCGCGCUGCUGCCCCUGCUGCAGCAGGGCCAGGAGCGCCUGGUGGAGCGCUACCGCGGUCGGCGCGCCAAGCUGGUGGCCUGCGACGGGAACGAGAUCGACACCAUGUUCAUGGACCGCCGCCAGGACCCGGGCAGCGAGGGCCGCGGCCUGCGCCUGGUCAUCUGCUGCGAAGGCAACGCCGGCUUCUACGAGAUGGGCUGCCUCUUGGCGCCCCUGGAGGCCGGCUACUCGGUGCUGGGCUGGAACCACCCCGGCUUCGGGGGCAGCACGGGCGCGCCCUUCCCGCAGCACGACGCCAACGCCAUGGACGUGGUGGUCAAGUACGCGCUGCACCGCCUGCAAUUCCCGGCCGCCCACGUGGUGGUCUACGGCUGGUCCAUCGGCGGUUUCACGGCCACCUGGGCCACCAUGACCUACCCGGAGCUGGGCGCGCUGGUGCUGGACGCCACCUUCGACGACCUGGUGCCGCUGGCGCUCAAGGUCAUGCCGCACAGCUGGAAGGGGCUGGUGGUGCGCACGGUGCGCGAGCACUUCAACCUCAAUGUGGCCGAGCAGCUGUGCUGCUACCCGGGGCCCGUGCUGCUGCUGCGGCGCACGCAGGACGACGUGGUCAGCACCUCGGGCCGCCUGCCGCCGCCGCCAGCGCCCGGCGACGUGCAGGGCAACCGCGGCAACGAGCUACUGCUCCGGCUGCUGCAGCACCGCUACCCGGCCGUGAUGGCGCGCGAGGGCCGCGCGGCUGUGACCCGCUGGCUGCGCGUGGGCAGCCUGGCCCAGGAGGCGGCCUUCUACGCGCGCUACCGCGUGGACGAGGACUGGUGCCUGGCGCUGCUGCGCGCCUACCGCGCUCGCUGCCACGAGGAACUCGCAGACGGCGAGGCCUGGGGGCCGCACGGGCCCGCCUUCCCGUGGCUCGUGGGCCAGGGCCUGAGCCCGCGGCGGCGCCGGCAGCUGGCGCUCUUCCUGGCGCGCCAGCACCUCAAGAACGUGGAGGCGACUCACUGCAGCCCGCUGGAGCCCGAGGAGUUCCAGAUGCCCUGGGGGCUGUAG